ACGAAAAAAUGCGCCAUUUUUAAAAUGACAUUAUUUAUCGAUUCACGAUACUGUAAGAUUACGUUGAUUAACUUUCACGUAGACUCAUGACAGUAGAAUCUAUUUGAAGUAUUAUUCAUUGACGAACUUUUAUAUAAAUGUAAAUAUACGAGACACUAGCGACCAUACAACUAUUGUCGGUUUUUCUAUAGUAACAUAACAUAGUACGUCUAUUUUGACGUUCAAUUUAUCGUAUAAUAUUGUUUGUUUAUAAAAGUAACAAUGGGGAAUGCAAAACUUAAUAAAAUAAACAGAGUAUCUCAAUUAUUUCGUUCAAUUCAUGUUACGUUACCAAACACAUUUGAAAAGACAGAACUUUCGAAAGAAUAUGAUCAAUAACGGUAUUAUCAAAUCAGUUAAUAAAGGAAUGCAUGUAUUGUUACCAUUAGGAUUACGAGUAUUGAAUAAACUUACAGCUCUUAUUGAUAAAGAAAUGAUAAACAUUGGAGCACAGAAAAUAUUAUUACCUUCUCUAACAUCAAUUAAAUUAUUAGAAAAGACUAAUAGAUAUGAAUCUGAUAAAAAUGAAUUAUUUAGAUUAACAGACAGAUAUAAAAAGGAAUAUAUUCUUAGUCCAACUUUUGAAGAAGCAAUAUGUAAUCUAAUACAUAAUCUUGGCCCUUUAUCUUCCAAAAUAUUACCCCUAAAAUUAUAUCAAAUUUCUAGUAAAUGGAGAGACGAAAUGAAACCACGUUUAGGUUUAUUACGUAGCAGAGAAUUCAUUAUGAAAGAUUUGUAUACCUUUAACGUCAAUUUAGAUGAUGCUAAAGAUACAUAUAAUAUUAUAUGCGAGGCUUAUGAUAAAAUUUUUAAUCAAAUUGGAAUAGAAUAUAUAAAAGCUAUAGGUGAUACAGGAUCUAUCGGUGGUUGUUUAUCUCAUGAGUAUCAAUAUUUAUCUGAAAUUGGAGAAGAUGUUAUUCUGUCGUGUCAAUCUUGCAACUAUUAUGUGAAUAAAAAUGUAUCUAAGCAAACUGAAUGUCCACGCUGUAGCAAGAAGUUACAAGCACAUAAUACUAUUGAGGUUGGACAUACUUUCCUCUUGGAUACAAAGUAUUCAAAACCAUUAAAUGCAUUUUAUAUAAAUAAAAAUAUAGAAAAACCUCUUGUAAUGGGAUGUUUUGGAAUUGGCUUAAGUCGUAUUAUGGCUGCAGCAGUUGAAAUUCUUUCAGUUAAAGAAGAGUUAAGGUGGCCUAAAAGUUUGGCACCUUUUACAGUUUGUAUCAUUCCACCGAAGGAAGGAAGCAAAGAAGAAGCUGCAUCGUCUUAUAUCGAACAGAUAUACAAUAUUUUAUGUAAAUUAGGUAUAGACGCAAUACUUGAUGAUAGAACAGAUUUGACAAUAGGUAAACGUUUACUGUAUGUAAGAAACAUUGGAUAUCCUUAUGCUAUAAUCCUUGGUAAAUCUGUAAUAUCAAAAUCAACGUUUGAACUUUAUGAUGUUUAUAACAACAAAUAUCAUGAUGUAACUUUAGAGGGUUUAAGUGAUUAUUUUAUGAACAAUUACAUUAGAGAAUCUGACAAUAUUAUGAACAAUGACAUUAGAGAAUCUGUCAAAAGAAAUUAGAUCAUAGCAUUUUGAUAGAAAUUAUUUUUUAUAAUAAUUAUUAAUUAAUAAUACAUGUAUAAUACAAAAUAAGUAUUAAUUAUUUAAAACAAAUAUUAAAAAUUAGAGAGACAAUUUCUAUCUUAUAAUCAUAUUACUAUGUCACGUAUUAGUUUAAUUGUACUUUUACUCUAUGGUAUGCAUUACACAAGAAACCCCGUAAAUUCCAAAUAUUUUUUACUGUUUCCGGCUGAACGUUAUAAGACGAAUCAACGGCUUUAGACCAAAUCUCUACUUCCUUUAAUUUUGUAUCAACAGGAAGAUUAAUACUCCAUAAUGUCCAA